UUCCAACAGUCAGUGUGGGCCCCAUUCUGGGCUGAUCGUGGUUCUGGCUUGGUCUGGUGGCCGCCAUGGAUGCGCUGGGGUUCCCUCAGGUAAUGCAGGGGCCUCCUGUCAAUAUCAAUGUGGUCCAAAAUGGGUUGGGUGCCCUACCUCCAAACUUGACAUUUCUUCAGCCGCGACCAUCAAUGAAGGGAAGGGUGGUGCAACGCUGCAAAGGACUGUUUGCAUCAGCUGACAUGCAACUGUGGUUUGUUUGCCUGGAGAGUUCCCCCAUCAAGUUGUGGUCCUGCAAGCAAGGUCAGGAACCUUGCGAUGUUCUUCUGCGCUUCAUGUCUCUAAAGACCUAUACAAAAGCUGAGGCAAUUGCCUCCAGAUGCUCAAGCUGCAGUGGGAGUGCAGGCAGCGGCUGGGCAAACUAUGCCUUCAGGCGGCUUCGCUCCACACCCAAUGCCAGGUGUCCAGCAGAUGCAUCCAGGUCUUGCAGGUGUGUUCCCCGGUGUGGGCCAGCCAGCUGGACUGCCAGUAGGUAUGCCUGGACAGCCAGCUGGGCCACCCUUGGGUAUGCCCGGACAGCCAAUGGGCAUGCCGACGCAAUCUGCACCAAGCAUGAUCCCUCCCAUGCAGCCAGCUCCUACCUUACCUCCAACUAUGAGCAAAGCUCCUCCUGAUCAAUUCCCAAGGCCAGUGGCGCCGCCUCGCGGUAUGCCUCGCCCGAGACCCCGUGGUUGGAUGCCUCCCCACGAGGCACCGCAUCCAUACCGACCCAGAGUCCCCAUGCAGGCCCGGCCGGGCAUGAGACCGGCACAAACGGUACCUCCACGCCCUGUCCCGCCAAGGACUCCCAUGUCGAAGAAUGCCGAUAACCCAGAGGAGAGCUCAGAAACAGGCCUAAAGCGGCCUGAUUCCGACUCCGCGACGGCCAGCAAUGCAACCGUUUCGGCUGCGGUGGCCGUUGUUGAGGAGGCCACACCCAUGGAGGAGCGUCAGUGGUUCUACAAGGAUGCCUCGGGCAUGGUUCAGGGUCCAUAUUCCUCCUCAGUGAUGUCCAGCUGGUCUCGCUCUGGUUUCUUCCCAGCCGAGACCAUGGUUCGUUCUGCGGACGAAACGAGCUUCACUGAAUUGGGCAAUGGAAUGCGUUUGAUCAUGUCGUCCUUGAAGGAAGGGUGAUGAGCCGAGUUGAGUAGAGCUGCCGAGCUGGAAAGCAGCUCUGCGGCGGAAUGCGGGCAUUGGUUUGUUCUGCAUUGUCAUGGUUACAAGUAAAGCAGAUCCAAAAGGGUGCCUCAGGGGGAGGGAUCGAGAUACAUUUGGAAGCUGCUUCUCAUGGUACACGAAGCAUGAGUCGAGACUCC